AUGGCUGCACUCGAGUUACACAAGCCACCGAUCGGCGCCGGAGAAGAAGACGAAGACGAAUCUCCGGUAGAGGAGGUUCGUCUCACUGUUUCUAACCACGAUGAUCCUUCUUUACCCGUAUGGACAUUUCGGAUGUGGUUUUUAGGGAUUCUCUCUUGUGUUCUUCUCUCGUUUCUCAAUACUUUCUUCGGAUACAGAACUCAGCCUCUGAUGAUUACGAUGAUCUCUGUUCAAGUGGUUACGUUGCCUCUCGGGAAGAUUAUGGCUCGGAUUUUGCCAGAGACUAAGUAUCGGAUCGGGUCGUGGGAGUUUUCGUUUAAUCCGGGUCCGUUUAACGUCAAGGAGCAUGUGUUGAUCUCGAUGUUUGCUAAUGCUGGUGCUGGGUUUGGAUCUGGUACUGCUUAUGCAGUUGGAAUUGUUGAUAUCAUUAAGGCUUUUUACAAAAGGAAGAUUAGUUUCUUAGCUAGUUGGAUCCUUGUGAUCACUACACAGGUUCUUGGUUAUGGUUGGGCUGGUAUAAUGAGGAAGUUAGUGGUUGAUCCUGCACAAAUGUGGUGGCCAACGAGUGUUCUUCAGGUCUCUCUGUUUCGUGCUCUUCAUGAGAAGGAUCACGCGAGAAUGUCGAGAGGAAAGUUCUUUGUGAUUGCGUUUGUUUGUAGCUUCGCGUGGUACGUUUUCCCGGCCUACCUGUUCUUGACGUUAUCGUCGAUUUCUUGGGUUUGCUGGGCGUUUCCUAAGUCAAUCACCGCUCAGCAAUUAGGCUCUGGAAUGUCAGGACUAGGGAUUGGUUCGUUUGCGCUUGAUUGGUCUGUCGUUGGUUCUUACAUUGGAAGCCCUCUUGUGACUCCUUUUUUUGCAAUAGUCAAUGUUCUUGUUGGUUACAUUCUGAUUAUGUAUAUGGUAAUCCCAAUAUCAUAUUGGGGAUUGAAUGUGUAUGAAGCACACAAGUUCCCUAUUUUCUCUUCUGAUCUGUUUGAUUCAAGAGGGCAGCUUUACAAUAUCUCUACUAUUGUUAAUGAUAAGUUUGAAUUGGACUUGGGGAGUUAUGAUCGAGAAGGUCGGGUUUAUCUUAGUACAUUCUUCGCUAUCACUUACGGUAUUGGUUUCGCGGCAAUCGUUUCCACACUGACCCAUGUUGCUCUCUUCAAUGGAAAGGGAAUUUGGCAACAAGUACGAGCUUCAGCCUCAGCUAAAGUGGACAUACACACAAGGUUGAUGAAGAAGUACAAGGACAUACCGGGUUGGUGGUUUUACGUUCUGCUCGUGAUCUCACUGGCACUGUCUCUUGUUCUUUGCCUCUUCAUGAAAGACGAGAUCCAAAUGCCAUGGUGGGGACUUCUUCUUGCAUCAUUCAUGGCCUUAAUCUUCACUGUACCAGUCAGCAUUAUCACAGCUACAACUAAUCAGACUCCAGGACUGAACAUCAUCACAGAAUAUCUCAUGGGUGUGUUGUUACCAGGAAGACCAAUCGCUAACGUCGUCUUCAAAACUUACGGGUACAUAAGCAUGUCACAAGCAAUUUCAUUCCUUAACGACUUCAAGCUAGGCCAUUACAUGAAAAUACCGCCAAGAUCGAUGUUUUUAGUCCAGUUCAUAGGAACAAUCAUAGCAGGAACAGUGAAUAUAUCAGUAGCAUGGUACUUGCUUACAUCAGUAGAAAACAUUUGCCAGAAAGAGUUACUCCCACCAAACAGUCCAUGGACAUGUCCGAGCGACAGAGUUUUCUUCGACGCAUCAGUGAUAUGGGGAUUAGUAGGACCUAAGAGAAUCUUUGGUAGGCUAGGAAACUACCCUGCACUAAACUGGUUCUUCUUAGGUGGACUAAUAGGACCAGUUUUAGUAUGGCUUCUCCAAAGAGCAUUUCCGACAAAAACAUGGAUCUCGCAGAUCAACCUGCCUGUUCUUUUGGGUGCAACAGCUGCAAUGCCGCCCGCGACAAGCGUGAACUUCAACUGUUGGAUCAUAGUUGGUGUGGUGUUCAAUUACUUUGUGUUUAAGCACUGUAAGAAGUGGUGGCAGAGGUAUAACUAUGUGCUAUCGGCAGCAUUGGACGCGGGUUUGGCGUUCAUGGGAGUGUUGUUAUACUUUAGCUUGACGAUGAAUGGGAUUUCGAUAGGGAAUUGGUGGGGUGCAAAUGGUGAGAAUUGUCCUCUUGCCUCUUGUCCUACUGCUCCUGGAAUUCAAGUUGAAGGUUGCCCUGUUUUUUGA